AUGACUAGAACGGUCGACGAGAUCAAAUUUGAGGCCCCUGUGUGGGAGAACAAGAAUGUUCAAAUGGCCGAUGAAGGCAGGAGACUCAGUUCCAGUGUCAAUGAUGACUCUGUGCGCCCCAAAGGCCGAAUACGCCGGUCAAUGACAGCUUGCAAUACGUGCCGCAAGCUUAAAACUCGAUGCGAUUUGGAUCCGCGCGGUCAUGCAUGCCGUCGCUGUCUUUCACUAAGGAUUGAGUGCCAGCUUCCUGAAACAAGUGAGCGCUUCCAAGACAAUGCCUCCAUGUGGUCAGAUGCAACGACAGCCAUUCCCUCUAUUGAAGAGAGGCUCACGUCUCUCGAACGAAGCAUGAGAGAGAUGACUGGAAUGUUACGGCAAAUUUUGAACCAGCCGCCCAGCAUUGCUAAUAUGCCUGCCCCUCAAUUAUCUCGAAGCGUUAAUACAGAAGAGACGGUCUCCAUCGAAGGAAACCAAUUUUCCCCGUUUCUGCCCAAGCCAAUUCGCUUAAUCCAGGAUCUACAGUCUGAGUUUUUUGGCGACGCGAAUAGUUUUACGCCAAGCGCGCCUUUUGGGGUUGGCAACAUGGAGAAAGGAGUCAUUGAUCCCAAGCUAUCUCUUAAACUGAUGCAGUUAUUUGUGGACCAUUUUGGGCCCUGGGUUUCGAUAAAUAAUCUAUCUGAUAUCCAUAAUGAGAUGAGAAAACCAGAUUCACUGCUACAUAACACAGCCUGCCUGCUGGCUUCUCGCUAUGUUCCGGGUAUCCCCCCACCGGUAGUUCGCGGGUUGUAUCUUCAAGUACGGCAUGAAGCUGUUAGCACCCUAUGGGAUAAGCCCCCCUUGAAAUUUGGGUCGCUCCAAGCACUUGCUCUUCUGUGCUUGUGGCCUGCGACCGUUCAAAGAGAGGCGCCCAUCGACAGCUGGUUAAUGAGCGGGAGUUCGAUCAAUCAUGCGCUUGUAACAUUUGAUUUCCUCAACUACGCACCUUCUGACCUUAUUCUGGACAACGAAACGGCCACCCAAUUGCGGUUAUGGAAUAUUUUCUGUUUGACGCAGCUGCGGUUUGCGGUUGGAAACGCACGCCCGUUCCAUAUCCAGCAGAGGUAUCUGGACCAUUGUCGGCGACUGCUGGAGCACCCAAGCGCCACUUUUGAAGAUGGCAAAGUGAUGGCGGAGAUCCAGUUAUACUUGAUUACGCUGAAACUGCAGGGCAGCGAUCCGCGCAUGCGACUAUCAGACGUCGAAUACGAGGAGAUUGAACGAUGGAAAAUGGAAUGGGCGCAUCUAUUCACUGGCGAAGAGAAUUCAACACUCGAGCUUAGUCUCUGGUUCUGUCAAAUUCUGCUCCACAGAACCGGAAUGCGAUUCCAGUCGGAUUCAGAUCGACUUACCUCAGAGGUCAUCCAGAAUUCCCGGCUCAUCAUAUCCAGAUUUUUACAACUCCGGCUUUCCACGGCGCUGAGCGUCGUGGACCAGACAUACAUCAUCGUCGGCUACGCAGCGCUCAACCUCUGUGAUUUCAACUUCCUCGAUCCGCUCAUCGACCAGGUUCAAAUGUAUCUGCUGCAUCUAUCGCCGAAUGAAGACCACAUCUCCUAUCGGUUCUCCUGCAUGAUUGCGGAGUUCAAGCGACGCUGUGCGGAAUGCAGCGAUCCCUGCAGCGCGUUGGAUGGGUCCCAGUCUUCCUCCUUCGGAGAUGCCCGGAAGAUGAGCUUGGAACAGAUGCAAUUCAUCCCACCACUGGUUGAUGGUAUGAUGGAGGGUUAUGGGCACCUGGAUCAGCUCAUGCCUGAAAUCAUGCCGCAGUCUUUCCCCGAUAGCGUGCUCAGUGGCAUGACCAUGGCAGAGGCUAUCCCGGCAGGGUAUCGUUCGGCAACACUCUGA